AUGCCUAGACUGAAGGCCAUCACUACAGGCUCUGUGCCAUCUUUCCUCGAUGUCGUUCUCAACCUCGACGAAGGCGAUGAGUCCUCAAGCCUCGCGUCGCAAGACACCUGGCUGGCUCAGAUGAAGGCAAAGGGUACUGGGAAGCUAGUAAUGUACGGAGAUGAUACUUGGUUGAAGCUCUUUCCGGGUACAUUUGAUCGUGCUGAUGGCACCACGAGCUUCUUUGUUUCUGACUUCACCGAGGUUGAUCAUAAUGUCACUCGAAAUAUUGCUGGAGAGCUCCAAAAUGACGACUGGAAUACCAUGAUUCUUCACUAUCUCGGACUUGAUCAUAUUGGACAUAAGGGAGGACCGAGAAGUCCUCAUAUGGUCCCGAAGCAGCGGGAAAUGGAUGAUAUCGUCAACCAGAUAUACAAGGCCAUAGAAACCCAAGACCACCUAAAGUCAACACUCUUUAUUGUUUGUGGAGAUCACGGAAUGAACGAUGCCGGGAAUCACGGCGCCUCAUCGCCUGGCGAGACUUCACCGGCCCUCCUUUUCAUCUCCCCCAAGCUCAAAGGCCUCCAGAAAAACCAAGACGCUCCGUUACCAGAUGCCGAAGACUUUCAAUUCUACUCGACCGUUGAACAGUCUGAUCUGGCGCCUACGUUGGCUGCUCUCCUAGGAUUCCCUAUUCCCAAGAACAAUCUGGGUGCUCUGAUCCCCGAAUUCUUGUCCAUCUGGCCUAAGAAAGCCGACCAGGCCUAUUUGCUGCAUCAAAACGCUCGCCAGAUCCAAACCGUCAUCUCGGCUGCUUCGGGUACCAAAACCUUCGACUCUGCUUUACCCGUAUCAUCCUGCGCCAACCCUUCGUCCGACUACGAAGAACUCGCCUGUGAAUGGCAAGGUCCUUCAAACAUUCUCAUGUCUGCUAGAGUUGGCGACGACAUGGACCCUCAGUGGGCACUGCCUGUCACUAUGUGGCUUCGUAAGGCUCAAGAGCUCAUGAGCGGCAUGGCAAGCAACUACGACAUGUCCCGACUCAUCCUAGGCCAAGUCGCCGCCCUCCUCGCCGUGAUCUUCAGCCUAUAUGCAGCAACCAAAACCGUCUCCCCAACCCGUUCCCUCACCCCCUUACUGGUCAUCUCCAUAGCCUAUAGCAUCAUGAUGUUCGCCAGCAGCUACGUCGAAGAAGAGCAUCACUUCUGGUAUCUAGCAACGAGCACUUGGUUUGGCUACCUCACCCUCCGCGGUUUCAAGCGCACAACAACCACCUUCCCCUCCCACCUCCUCCUCACCACCACCCCCAUCCUCCUCUCCCUCCGCCUCCUCCGCGCCUGGAACCAAACCGGCCAAAAGUUCGCCGGCACCCCAGACAUCGUCAAGCUCUUCCUCGAACCCCACCCACACUUUCUCUGGUUGCUCGUCGGCCUCACCUACGUCUGGACCCACCGCCAACUCGUCUACUCCUUCCACGGGCGCAUCCCGGUCCCCAUCAACUACCCGGCCAUGACGGGCCUGGUCCUGGCAGCGUUUACUUUCAAGGCGGCGUUUACACUAGAAGAUGCGCCCGAGUUGGUGGUGGGGUUUGUCAAGAGUAGUCUGCUUGAUUUCACGAGGGGCGCGAGCUUGAUUGCGAGAGCUAGAGCGGUGUUUGUUGGCCUUGGGCUGGCGACAGCGGCGGGGAUGGGGUUUAUUUUGUGGGAAUGGAAGAUGGGGGGCCGCCGAAGCAGAAGAAGCAGAAGUAAGCGGCUGGCGCUGGCAUCGAAGAAGAAGGUGCCGGCCCGGGCCGAGGCCAUCACAACCCUCCAACACCUCUACACCAUCCUCGCCCUCACACAAAGCCGGACGACCAACACCCCCCUGUUUCUCAUCUUCAAUUUGGUCUACUGGUUCCUAUCCAACGAGAUUGACGCCCCGGAGGACGGUGGUAAAAGUCUGUCGACCGCGGAACUGGGAAUUUCUUCCCUACUCCUGCAGUACGCCUCCUUCUUCGCUAUGGGCGGGAGCAACGCCAUUUCGUCCGUUGAUCUAUCUAAUGCCUAUAACGGGGUAAGCGACUUUAACGUUGUCCUGGUUGGCGUCUUGACGUACGUGGGGAAUUGGGCGGGACCGGUGUGGUGGGUUUUUGGGACGGUGGUGCUUUUGGGGAAGAUUUGGCGGAGAGAUCAGAAUCAGAAGAGGUUAGGUAGCGGCGGUGAUGGGAAGAGAGGGGACGAAGAAAGGGAAGCGGAAGUGAGCAUGGUAGAGGAGCAGGGACGAAUCGGUCUGUUCAAGACCUAUGUUGCUGUGAUGACGCUGUUUACGGCGUUUAGUGUCGCGGCGGUCAUGGCGGCUUGUACGAUUCUUAGGACGCACUUGUUCGUGUGGACGGUGUUUUCGCCAAAGUACUUGUACUGCGUGGCUUGGAGCUUGGGUCAGCAUUUGGUGGUGAAUGUUGGACUGGGUGGGUUGUUGUUUUGGCUCGGGUCGUUGUAG